AUGUUGGAUAUCGCUUCAGAUCACUCGUUCUCUCUUGGCUACAGGUGGAAACCAUCAAAAUGUGCUGUACUUUGUGCUCCUACUGCCUCUACUCGUCAUCCAUUGUCUCUAUACGGUGAACCUCUUCCUGUGGUAGAGGAAUUCACGUAUCUUGGUAUGCCGUUUAGAUAUAAAGGUCUGUAUGCCCCUGGGAUUCUCAAUCUGCGUGCUUCUGGUGCUAUCAAGACAAUGGCAUUGUUAAAUUCGGUUGGUGUCAAUCGAAAUGGUUUUUCUCUGUUGCUUUGUGCUCGUUUGUAUAAAAGCUUUAUUCGUCCCAAACUGGAAUACGGCUUAGCUAUAUCUCAUCUCUCUUUCCGUGACUUCAAGGCUCUUGAUGCUCUGCAAAAUCGAUUGGUUGGUAUGUUUGUUGGUAGUACAUGGUACAAUGUUGCCAAACAUUUGACCUGUCUUCCCAGCAUGAAGCAUCGAUAUAACGUUCUGACAACACGUUAUGCCCUUCGUGCUGAUACUCUCCCUGAUGAUUGCUUGUUGGUUCUGCUUCGUCGUGGUUUACUGUACACUCGUCUAGACAGAUUUAUCUGUCAAAACCCGUUGUAUCUAACACUGCCUGAUCCGCCGCCAUUCACCACUGCUGGUCUUACUGAAGUCUUUGAUUCGUAUUGGCAAGAUCAAACUCUCCUUCGUGCUUGUCGUCCGUCUGUCUCUCGUCCAGAUCCCAUCCUGUAUCUGCCUAUUGGUCGAUCUGCUCGUAGUCGUCUUGUGCGGUGGCGUCUUGGACGUUUCACCAAUAUGCGUGAAGAAUGUCCGUGCACUACCGGUGAGUUUAUCUCCCGAGAUCACUUUCUGACAUGUCGUGCUCUGGAUCGUACCUUUUUUGAUGCUUUGCCACCUGCUCCACCUGGUGUACAUCGCAUUGACCAUGCUCUGAACUGUCUUCCAGACAAAGCUUCAGCUGGUCCACCGUACUUUUGGUCUGCUUUGCUCCUUUUGUUGCAUGCCAUUGAUUGCCUUGUGCAUCCUCUGGCUGUGAUCCCACCAGAUCCAGAUCCUGGAUCGCUCUGGUUUUCUGCUCAUUGA